CCUCCUGCAGGGGGUCACUAACUCCGGCUCUCGCCGUCCUUCCGCGCCUCGUCCCCCGGGACUGGUUGAGCCCGGGCUCUUCUGACUGGAAGGCUCCGGCUGUCCCAAGUCAGGCCCUGCUGCCGUCUGGCAGGCGGUACUCUGAAUCUGGGGGGUCGGAAGGCCGGAGGCCGGACGCCAGGCAGGCUUCCUAUCCUGGCCUUGCCCGCCUUUGCGGUGCGGCUUUGGCGAGUCAGCGCUUUCGGCCUCUCUUGCCUCAUCUGUAGAAUGGGAGAGCGAGAAUAACGUCGUUUGUGAGGCGGGGGCAUGAAAUGAAGUCAGGUCUUUUGUCAGGGCCUUUCUGAGCUGAGAUUCUCGAUUCUUCAACGUGGCCCGCCCAGGGGUCACAAGCUUUAAUGGUUAUUCAGUCAGGACUCUUUAAAUAUCACCGGAACUGAAAAUCAGAGUCUCUGUUACUCAGAAGCUAGCCUGCAUAACUCAGCCUGCUUUUAGGAAACCAUCACGGAUUUUACUUGUUGGUUGACAUAAGGUCUCCACAGUGAUUCGGGUGAAUCCAGGUAGCAGUCCCUCAUAUACACAACGGAGCAACGUGACACUGUUGAUUGGGACAGGAGGCACCAAAUGAUGGCAGCAGCUCUGGGGGAUCCCGGGCUCUCCAAAUUGCUGUUUGCUCCCUUUAGCAGUGCCUUGGAUGUGGGAUUCUGGCAUGAGUUGACCCAGAGGAAGCUGAAUGAGUAUCGGCUAGAUGAAGCUCCGAAGGAUAUUAAGGGCUAUUACUACAAUGGUGAUUCUGCUGGGCUGCCAGCUCGCUUAACGUUGGAGUUCAGUGCUUUUGACAUGAGUGCUCCCACCCCAGCCCACUGCUGCCCGGCUGUUGGAACGCUCUUUAAUACCAACACACUUGAGGCUUUCAAGGCCGCAGAUAAGAAGCUACUUUUGGAGCAAGCAGCAGAUGAGAUAUGGGAAGCCAUAAAAUCAGGCGCUGCUCUUGAAAACCCUGUCCUCCUCAACAAGUUCCUCCUCUUGACAUUUGCAGAUCUAAAGAAGUACCACUUCUACUACUGGUUUUGCUUCCCUGCUCUCUGCCUUCCAGAGAGUAUACCCCUCAUCCAGGGUCCAGUGGGCUUGGAUCAAAGGUUUUCGUCAAAACAGAUUCAAGCCCUUGAGCAUGCAUAUGAUGAUCUUUGUCAAACAGAAGGAGUCCCAGCGCUACCAUACUUCUUAAUCAAGUAUGAUGAGAACAUGGUACUGGUUUCCCUGCUUAAACACUACAGUGAUUUCUUCCAAGACCAAAGGACAAAGAUAACAAUUGGUGUAUAUGAUCCCUGUAACUUAGCCCAGCACCCCGGAUGGCCUUUGAGGAAUCUUUUGGUCCUAGCAGCUCACCGAUGGAGUAGCUGUUUCCAGUCUGUUGAAGUCCUCUGCUUCCGGGACCGCACCAUGCAGGGAGUGAGAGACAUUGCCCACAGCAUCAUCUUCGAAGUGAAGCUUCCAGAAAUGGCAUUUAGCCCAGAUUGUCCCAAGGCGGUCGGAUGGGAAAAAAACCAGAAAGGCGGCAUGGGACCGAGGAUGGUGAACCUCAGUGAAUGUAUGGACCCUAAAAGGUUAGCUGAGUCAUCAGUGGAUCUAAAUCUCAAAUUGAUGUGUUGGAGAUUGGUCCCUACUUUGGACUUAGAGAAGGUUGUGUCUGUCAAGUGUCUGUUGCUUGGAGCCGGCACAUUGGGUUGUAAUGUAGCUAGGACAUUGAUGGGUUGGGGUGUCAGACACAUCACAUUUGUGGACAACGCCAAUAUCUCCUACUCUAAUCCUGUGAGGCAGCCUCUCUAUGAAUUUGAAGAUUGCCUAGCAGGUGGUAAACCCAAGGCCCUGGCUGCAGCAGACCGGCUUCAGAAAAUAUUCCCUGGAGUGAAUGCCAGAGGGUUCAACAUGAGCAUCCCCAUGCCUGGACACCCAGUGAACUUUUCAAGCGUCACCCUGGACCAAGCCCGCAGGGAUGUGGAACAACUAGAGCAGCUCAUUGAAAGCCAUGAUGUCAUUUUUCUGUUGAUGGACACCAGGGAGAGCCGGUGGCUCCCUGCCGUCAUUGCUGCGAGCAAGAGAAAGCUGGUCAUCAAUGCUGCCUUGGGGUUUGACACAUUUGUUGUCAUGAGACAUGGCUUGAAGAAACCUAAGCAGCAGGGAGCUGGGGACUUGUGUUCUGGUCACCUUGUGGCACCUGCAGACCUCCUGGGCUCAUCCCUCUUUGCCAACAUCCCUGGCUACAAACUUGGCUGCUAUUUCUGCAAUGAUGUGGUGGCCCCGGGAGAUUCAACCAGAGACCGGACCUUGGACCAGCAGUGCACUGUGAGCCGCCCAGGACUGGCCAUGAUUGCAGGAGCCCUGGCUGUGGAAUUGAUGGUUUCUGUUUUGCAGCAUCCAGAAGGGGGCUAUGCCAUUGCCAGCAGCAGUGAUGACCGCAUGAAUGAACCGCCAACCUCUCUUGGGCUUGUGCCUCACCAGAUCCGGGGAUUUCUGUCACGGUUUGAUAAUGUUCUUCCUGUCAGCCUGGCGUUUGACAAAUGUACAGCUUGUUCUUCCAAAGUUCUUGAUCAAUAUGAACAAGAAGGAUUUAAUUUCCUAGCGAAGGUGUUUAAUUCUUCACAUUCCUUCUUAGAAGAUUUGACUGGUCUCACAUUGCUGCAUCAAGAGACCCAAGCUGCUGAGGCACAAGAAGAAGAACUCCAACAUUCAGGCUGCCGUUACUAUAGCAAGACGGUGCUACAGACAUCACAAGACUUGUUAUACAAGGAAACAUGAUUACAGCGGAUUAGAGAAACUCGCCAGAGCCUUGAAGGAUUUAUUACUUUUUGAAUUCUGAAUGAGACAUAAAUAUGUUUUUCCCCUCUUAAUUUUGGACCCCAUACGGAGAAGGUGAGAAAAUUCUUCAGCAAAUUCUAGAAUGCUUAGUUGCUAAAGAUUGGUUGGGUAUUGUGUCCAAGUCAUAUUGCAAGGGGCAUGAAUGCUUGCUUGGCAGAGAUGCAAAACAGUCACUCCUUUCUGUCUGCACUGCCAAGUUAGUUACUGCCUUGUCUCCCAGUGAGAGAAAAAUGUAGCUCCUUGGGGAGUCUUCUGGAAGGCAGCAUGGUGUAAUGGAAAAAGCAAUAUACUCAGAAGCAUGAGGCCUGGGUUGCAGCUUCCACGCUUACAAGCUCUGUGAUUUUCAACAGGUUACUUAAACUCUUCUAUCAAAUAUACAGACAGUAAUCCCCCUCCCAAAGGGUGGCAUUAAGGAUUAAAGUAUGUUAAAUAACAUGUAGAAAAUCUCAAAUGUUAGUUGCAUUAACAUCAAAAUGGAAGCUGUAGUAUACUCAUUUAUGAGUUCAUGAAUCUCAGAAUUUUGCUGAUCUCUUAAAAAGAGGGAAUUUUAAAGAUAAGGGUGGUCUGUUUUCUUCUUUGUUCUCCAGAUUCUUUGGUUUCUCUGGAAGCUGAAGAGAUAGCAUGGGGUAGCAGGUAGGAACAGCUUUGGAAUCAGACAGACUUAAGUUUAAAUUCACUACUUGUUAGCUAUGAAUCACUGAAUAAUCCACCUGACUUUUGUUAUCAUGUUUCCUCAUCUAUAAAAUGGAUAUAAAAAUAGUACCUCAACUAUUCUUUAUCCCUUUACCCCAUUUUAUUCUCUGUAUGGCACUUAAUCACUAUCUGAAAUAUUUGUGUUUAUUUCCUGUCUCCCACUCCGGCCCCCAUUCAGAUAUAAUCCCCAGGGGAUCCCUGGGUGGCUCAGUGGUUUAGCGCCUGCCUUCGGCCCAGGGCAUGAUCCUAGAGUCCUGGGAUCGAGUCCCGCA